UGACCCGGGUGGUCUGUUUCCCGUCCUUCCAGCCGGCGAUCCGGCCCCGGGGCGGCGGGACCCCUGGCUCCGGCCGGGGCGUCGCGGGAGGAUGAGCGGCACCGGCGCCAGGGCCAGCCACCGCACACAGCCGGUGGUCAAGAGCGUGCUGGUGUACCGCAACGGGGACCCCUUCUUCGCGGGCCGCCGCGUCAUCAUCCACGAGAAGAAGGUGGCCAGCUUCGACAUCUUCCUGAAGGAGGUGACGGGCGGCGUUCAGGCGCCCUUCGGCGCUGUCCGGAACCUGUACACCCCGCGCACCGGCCACCGCAUCCGCAAGCUGGACCAGAUCCAGAGCGGAGGCAACUACGUGGCGGGCGGCCAGGAGGCCUUCAAGAAACUCAAUUACUUGGACAUUGGAGACAUCAAGAAAAGACCAAUGGAAGUUGUUAACACAGAGGUAAAACCAGUAAUCCACAGCAGGAUCAACGUGUCAGCUCGAUUUAGAAAACCACUUCAGGAACCCUGUACUAUCUUCUUGAUUGCAAAUGGAGACCUCAUAAGCCCAGCAUCUCGCCUCCUCAUUCCUAGAAAAGCCUUGAACCAGUGGGAUCAUGUACUACAGAUGGUCACGGAAAAAAUAACUCUGAGGAGUGGGGCUGUUCACAGACUUUAUACUUUAGAAGGAAAACUGGUUGAAAGUGGGACAGAGUUGGAGAAUGGACAGUUUUAUGUGGCUGUUGGCAGAGAUAAGUUUAAGAAAUUGCCUUACAGUGAAUUACUUUUUGACAAGUCAACCAUGAGAAGGUCUUACGGUCAGAAAGCUUCUUCACUGCCUCCUAUUGUGGGAUCCAGAAAGUGUAAAGGGAGUGGAAAUGAUCGCCAAUCUAAGUCAACUGUAGGAUCCAGCGACAACUCAUCUCCUCAGCCCCCAAAGAGGAAAGGGAAAAAGGAGGAUGUGAAUGUAGAAAAACCCACAAAAGGGAAACAAAAUCUAAAGUUAAAGAACUCACCACUACCAAUUCCAGACAGUGAUGAAGGCAUUUUCAAAGCUGGAGAAGAAAGAUCUGAAACGCGGGGGGCAGUAGAAGUCCAAGAAGAUGAAGACACUCAAGUUGAGAUUCCAGUUGAUCAGAGGCCAGCAGAAAUAGUAGAUGAGGAAGAAGAUGGAGAGAAGGAAAGCAAGGAUGCAGAAAAGAAAGAAGAGUUUUCAGGAAUGAAUGGUGAAGUUGAAGAGGAAGGAGAUGGGGAGGCUACAGAAGAGGAGAUGCCGGGGCAUGUGGAGGAGCAGGGAAGAACCACUCGUGUUAAUGGAGGCACUGAUGAAGAAAAUGGCGAGGAAAUGGAUCCGGUCAGUAAUGAGCUUCAGGAAGCAGUGGCUGAGGAAAUAAAGUCUCAAGGAGCUGGCAGUGGACAAGAGGAGGUUGACUUAGACCCUGAAAGACCACCAAGGCCAGAAGUAAAAAUCACUGGUCCACAAGAAAAUGAGGACAAUGAACAAAGCAAAGACUAUGCUGUCGUAGCAUAGAUGAUUUUAAAAAAGAGAGUGUAUUGAUUAUAAGAAAAUGAAGGGCUAUAAUACUUGAAUAAUAAGUAUAUAGUCCUCGCUAAACAUAAUGUGACAAUAUGGUUGAAAACUACCUACUGAAUUUAAAAAUUAGAGACCUAUUGGAAAGACCAGAUAACUUUGAAUAGCUACUAAAGGAGAGUGACUUCUCAUUAUGGGAUGUGUUUUUAGAAAUCAUUUAGAAAAUUGAGAGAUUUAGAUAGAGGAGAAUUUGACCUGGAAGACAGCUGAGUAUUUGUUUUUUGUAAAGGAUGAAAAAGAAUGGAAUUACUCCUAUUGUACAUAUUUUUUAAAAAUUUAGAAGUGAGAAUAUUUGAUGGCAGCCUAUGCUAAAGCACUUGUCUAAGAAGGCAUAGAAUUUUAAAUGAUAAUAGGAAAACAUGUACUAUUUUUUAAAGCAAUAAACUCCUGAAUAAACAAUUUAUGAUUUAGUUUCAGAGAUAAUUUGGAAAUGGCAGUAGAUUAAAAUGUUUCCAUGACUGUUGACAUUCCAUUCUUUCUUCCUCCUUAGCCAAAAUCCACCUUAAUAGAAUUAAAAAGAAGGCAAGGUAUUCAUUUUGGAAGGAGGAAGUAUUCAUUCAGUGUAUUAGUGAUUAAUAUUGUCAUAUUCCUCCCUUAAGAGCUUCAGGUUUUAAUCCUUGUGGCUUUCAUAACACAUAACUCAGGAAGGAAUUAUAAAAGAACAUCCAGUUAUAUUACUGAGCCUAGAUUGAUGGUUUGCAAAUUCUGGCAUUGUAUGGAUUUUCAGUGACCCAAUCUACCUUUACCAGUAAUAUACCUCUCUUCUUCCUCAUGUUAGGGAACUCAAUAUUGGCUGUUCCAAAGAUUGAAUUUGCUCCCAUUUUUUAUAAAAGGAAAAUGUAGGCUUAUGAAGAAUCUGUCACUACUCAAUUUCACUUGCUUUUUGCCUUAUUUCUAUUAGGAUUGCCUUGCCAUAUUUUGUCCCUAAGGAUAUCAGCAAAUAUUUAUUUUCAAGCCAGUUAUAUUUAGAUUUUCUAGAAGAUUCCUUUUUGUAUAAUUAGAAGUUAUCUGAUGGAAAUUGUUGGGAAAAAAGUUAUAAAAUUAUCAUAAUGAAACUAGUUCCAAUUACUAGUUUGUGGACUGAUUAUAUUUACUCACGAUUGCCUUUUUAGGUUUAUAUGGAGAAAAGCAUGGUUGUAUUAGUUUGUUUUUUAAUUCUCAAGAGAUAAGGCAGGUUUUCCUUAAAUAUAGAAUUAAUAUAUUUUUGUAAUGUUAAAGAAUAUUUUGUUAUGUAGAAAUUAUAAAUUUAAAUUGCUAGUGCUUUCAUAUAAUUCAUUACUGAUCAUAAAUUUAAAAUAUUUUCUCCACCAGAUUAUAUAACCAACCAUUUGGAGUCAGAGUAGUUAUAUGAAGUACUGAAUAAUGCUAUAGAAAAUGGAUGUAUUUUUUCUAGCAGCUAUUUUAAUACUUUCCACAAAUAGGAAGUAGAAGCAGACACCAUAAUGUAACAGUAUUGGAAAGAGACAAUGAUAUAAGAGUAUAUUAAUCUGGGAGAAUAAAUUAUAAAUGGGACGCUAUAUUUCUAGUUUAAAAUCUAGACUGUGCUGUCUACUCAUAGGCGUAUUUUUCAGAUGGGACAAUAAAAGUACCAUAGGCUACACGCAAUAAUCUUGUGCUGCUAGGGACAUAGAUUACGUGUUUUUUUUAAUGUUAAAUUCCCAUACUGUUACUGGGCCUGGGGUUAACUAUUUAAAAUCAUUUAUAAAAAUAAGAUAUUAAAUAUAAUAAAUAAUAACUAAUUGUCAAGGUGAUUCUUUCUCUUUUCUUUCUUGAAUGAGUUUUUUCUUUCUCUUUUCCUUUUUUAAUAUAGAUAUUCUGUGUCUCUUUUUUUUCCUUUCCAUCAUACUAUAAAGCUUAGAUUUGCAGAAACUUUUCAGAAUCAUCUUAAUGGAAAACACUGUUAUUUUACAUUAAAACCCAAGUUUGGCAUUUUAACUAUAUUUCAAGAAGGUGAUAGUCCACAAUAACUGGAGCAAAAAAUUGAAAAGUGGGGAUGUAAUAUUUCUCUUGUGUAUGUGUAUAUGCUAGAGGGGAUGAACAACUAAUCACUUUUAAAAAUGACUGAAAUUUGCUGUGUAACCAUGGAAGAAAUCAUUCACAGAGAAUGAAAAUUGUGGGCCUCAUUUUGUAGAUGACUUUAACAUAAAUAAUGAAAGUUAAUUCACCUUUCAAAUGUGGAAAUUUCUUUGUGUGUGGGAAUGGUGCUCUUGGUGGCCUCAGAGUAGCUCUACAAAUUGAGUCACUGACAGAUUUGAGGCCAUUAUGUGAGUGAGCAAUAGAGAUCUUGGUUUGGCUUUGGGUAUUGUUUUAUAGAGAGAAGGGGCUAUGGAUAUUUCUAUAGCUUUUAUGUGAUAACCAAUAAAAGGCUUUAAGGUAAUUAUUUUUAAUGAUAUAUUUCAGUUUUAAUUUUAUGGAACUCUUUUAAUAAUCUUAAUUUGGUUUUAUGACAUUUGUAAACAAGUGGUUUGUUAGUUGAAUUGGAACAUUAGGAGUUUUUCAAAUAAAGGAGAAGUUAACUAAAAACAUAAAGAUGUUUCACCUGUUCUAGUUUCACAUGUUUCACCAUGAACUACUGAGAGUUCAUGGACUUCUAGUUAUGAAACAUGGUACUAUGACCAUAAGGUAAUUUUUUACUCGUUUUUUUUUUCCUAUGGCCAAAGGGUGUCUUUUUUAUUUACUAAAAACAAAAUUUGUAAUUUUAAACAUUUAGUUAAAUUUAUUAAAACAUUUUUGGUUAUGUUUUUGGGGAAUAUUUGAAUACCAGAAUCAUAUGAUACUCCGUGCAUUCUGUCUCAUGCUGAGUGUUAGUCCCUGCUCUAGUCUAUAAAAGAAGAACUAGCCUAUAUGUGCGUGUGGCUUGCAGCAGUCAGGUCUCUCUGGAGGCUCACAGUUGUGAAGCUAUGCUAAUAUAAAGUUAUUCAUACUGACUCUUCCAACUUAUAGCUGAUAAACCAAUAUCCAAGAAAAUAUCACUAAAUGACUACCUUCUUCACAAAAGAUGACGUUAAUUCAUCUGGGAAACAUUUGUGUUUUUAAAUUGUGGCUGCAGAACAACAGGAGGGCAUCUUUAUCUUAUUUACUGACUCUCCUACAGAAUUUGCUCUAUACAUUCAUUUUUUUUUCUCAGUAUGUAGCAAAAACAAAAUUUCAAAAAGUAGAAUAGAUUAGUUGUUAAACAGAAAGCAUGACAUCUGAACUUGUGCCAAUCUGAAUAGAAAUAGACUGCAUAUAUUUAUAUAUGUAUGGAUAUACAUAUAUAAAUAGCACAUACUUGUACAGAUGCACUCUCACACUUUAAAAUAUUGCAAACGCCUCUUCAGGCACAGAGUUGUUAAUAGAGUAAGUCUCCUUUGAGAGAAUGCAUAAAAACACACGAGAAAGAAAUGCUAAUAAAUUACAUAUAUCAUGGUGCUUUAAGACGGUUCCCAAAGACUUUCAGAGAUAUGAAAAUCUUCUCAAAAUAAGGAAGUUAUGACUGUUUUAAUGAAAACUUUAUUCAAGAGAGGGCUAAAUAGAUAUUUAGUCCUGUUUUCCUAAAACAACUACAUACAGAUUUUUAGUUAUUUUGUCAUCACUCUUAUGUACCAUAUACAUUAGGAACAGAAUGUUUCAUACAAACACAGGUUCUGUCAGAAGGUCAUUACUGCUUGUGUGUGAUUUACAUAAAUGUAAAGAGGACUCUGCUAACAAGCAGCCAGUUCACUACAAAUAGAACACAACUAGACCACUGGCUGUCUAGUGUUGAAAUUCAGAGCAGAAGCUUUGUAGCUUCCUUGUGUGCAUGUGAUAUCCUAGAAUAGACCCAUUUUUUUUAAAAAAGGUUAGUUUAUUUAGUUUUUGUUAUUAAAUAUAUUUUUUGAUAAAUACUAUAAGAUUUUUGCUUUGCAGAAAAUAUCCUGGUAUAUGGAUGAGUCUGAUUUUUGUUCUUACCACAUGAAAUUAGUAUAUUUCCCACCAUGAAGUCUAAGUGACUUGGAUGGAGAAUGAAAGUGUGUCCCCAUAAGUUGAUAAGGAAGAAAAAUACCAUUUAUGAAGAAGUAUACCAUCCUGUAGAAUAUGUGGAAUCAGGGAAGACUUUUAAAAUGUCUGGAUAACCAUAAAGCAUCUAUCAAAUCAGGAGGUACUUAAUGAAGCUAGUUUCAUUGAUUCAACCUAGCUUAAAUCCAUGAAUGAUACCAAAUGAAUUAUCUGUAGUCUCAUCAGCUUAAACCACAUAGUAUAACUGAGUGAGUUGUAUCACAUAUGUAAUGGCAUAUGAGAAAAGGGAAUGACUAUAGUCAAUUUUAGAAGAAGUUUGGAGAAAAUCUAGUCUGUGUUUUUGCUUCAAUGUUUUUCUUGCACUUUAAAUCUCUAAUAUGUACAAUGAUAAUGGGUGAUUAUCAAUGUAGUAAGUAAAGAUUAAGUUGAGCUCAUGUUUUUUAUAUGAUUUAUGUUUAGAAUUUCUCUUUGUAAAGAAACUUGUUGUUUUUGAUCAAAUUAUGAGCAUAUAGGUUUUUACUUCUAUGUCAGUGCUCACUAUAAACCAUAAAAGUUCAUUGUAU